CAAAACAGAAGCAAAAAUAAACCCCACCUCUCUCUCUCUCUCUGGUCUUUCUCCUUCCUCCAGUUCUCCUCCUCGAUGGGAAGAGCUUAGAAGAAAGAAAACAUGAAACCCUAGUAAAUUCUCUGUUGGCUUCUCUUUUCUUCUUCUCGUUCCAUCGACUGAGGCUGCCGAAAACCGACCAGAGUCGAAUUACAAUCCGAAGAAGCAGCGUCAGAAGAAGAGCAGAUAAGGAGAGAAACCCGUAAUUUAAAAAGAUCAAUGAUUGAUUUAAUGGGUUGUUUAUUUAGGUGGAAUAGCCCUUUGGUUGAAUAAGGAGCAUGAGGUUUAAAGAAAGAAAUGAUGAGGUCCUGGUUAGAUGAUGGAAAUGUGCCUUCAACAUCAGCCUUUUCCUCAUCACAGCCUGUAUUUCCCCAAGUUCCAGGCCAUUCUACCUCAUGUCACAGUGGUAGCAAUGUAUGUUGGUUGUUAGCACAGAGGGAGAUUUCUCCGCGUGCAAAACACUCAUCAAAAAAGCUAUGGGGAGAACCUUCUAAAUGCACCAGUGAUUCUUCUGGUCCAAAGCGUGAUGUGACAGAUGCAAGACAUGGUCUUAUUUCAUGGGUAGAGGCGGAAUCUUUACGGCAUUUAUCAGCCAACUAUUGCCCUCUGGUUCCGCCUCCAAGGUCAACUAUUGCAGCAGCGUUUAGUCCUGAUGGAAGAACACUUGCAUCUACACAUGGUGAUCAUACUGUAAAAAUAAUUGAUUGCCAAACUGGAAGAUGCUUAAAAGUGUUGACUGGUCAUCGACGUACACCUUGGGUGGUUAGGUUCCAUCCGCUGCACCCAGAAAUACUAGCAAGUGGAAGCUUGGAUCAUGAAGUUCGCCUCUGGGAUGCAAAUACUGCAGAGUGUAUAGGAUCACGUGAUUUUUACCGUCCUAUUGCUUCUAUUGCUUUCCAUGCUCAAGGAGAACUUCUUGCAGUAGCUUCAGGUCACAAGCUGUACAUAUGGCACUAUAAUCGGAGAGGAGAGACAUCUUCGCCAACCAUUGUACUAAAGACCCGGCGUUCGCUCCGUGCUGUCCAUUUUCAUCCACAUGCUGCUCCAUUUCUUUUAACUGCUGAGGUUAAUGACCUUGAUUCUCCAGACUCUCCAAUGACACUAGCAACAUCACCGGGUUACUUGCGCUAUCCUCCUCCUGCUGUACUUUUUGCAAAUGUUCAUUCUAAUGCACGACCUGUUUUGGAAGCUAAAGUACCCCUUAUGCCAUUCCCUUUCUUGUUUUGGCCUACUUUUGCAAGAGAUGAUGGGAGAAUAUCGCUUCUGCGUCCCAAUCGGGUGGUUGCUCCAACUAUGAGUCAACAGAGAGUUGAACCUUCUGCUUCAAUUCAUCUUCAGGGAGAUUCUAAUAUAGGAAGCCAGCAUGAAUAUUUGGUUUCUCCCAUGGAGAUGUCUCCGGUGGUCCCUUCUAGCUCACAUUCUGGACCAGAAGACACAGUUACUCACAACUUCUCAAGUGAAAUUGAAAAUGUGGUAUCUGACUCUGCUAUGGAUACUACAGAGACCACUGAAGUUGGGGCUUCUGUAGGGGGAAAUCAGCAGAGGAGCUCUCCUGUCCUAGAUACAUUAGAUGGUGCCAAUGAUGCACCAUCACUUAUUUUUCAAUCUGGUGGAACACCUAGCCGAAUUCCUACAAGGUCAGUUAGGUCUGGGGUGGAAGCCCCACCUAGUGUCCAUCCAUCAAGUGUUUCUGGCAAUUCAGGCCUUCAAAUGCUCUUAAGAAGUUCUGAGAUUGGGCAACUUGAUCGUCUUUUUCCCUACAGUGAUCCAACUUGUUGGGAGCUUCCUUUUCUGCAAGGAUGGUUAAUGGGCCAAAGCCAAGCCAACCUGCAUCCCAUGCUUCCUCUUAAUGAUGCUCCUCUUGAAAAUUUAUCUGGCUUUCAUGGAACAGCAUCUGAUUUAUUGGCAUCUGAUCUGCCUACUCGUCACUUGGAGGUGCCAGUGGCUUCCUCAGUAAUGCCAAGUAGUAUUAGCCAGUCUAGGGUGACUGGACGUUCUGGUUUGCGUCCACGUUCUUCACGCACCCGCUUAGUGGCCCCCAUUGGAUCUGGGGAGAGUGCUGCUUUUAUCAAUGUUGCUCGUGAUGAAAAUGAUUCACAACCUGUUGUUGGUAGAAUUGAAUCUGAACUUGCCACGUCACUGGCUGCAGUUGCAGCUGCAGAGUUGCCUUGCACAGUGAAGCUAAGAAUAUGGCCACAUGAUAUAAAAGAUCCUUGUGCCCAACUUGAUGCAGAAACGUGCCGCUUAACCAUACCACAUGCUGUCCUCUGUAGUGAAAUGGGUGCUCAUUUUUCACCAUGUGGGAGAUUUUUAGCAGCCUGUGUUGCAUGUGUGCUUCCUCAUAUGGAAGCCGAUGCUGUAUUACAAUCACAGGUGCAACAUGAUGUCCCAGGAACUGCAACAUCCCCAACACGCCACCCAAUUUCAGCUCAUCAAGUCAUGUAUGAGCUCCGCAUAUAUUCCCUUGAGGAGGCAACGUUUGGUGCGGUGCUUGCAUCACGGGCAAUUAGAGCUGCUCAUUGUCUGACCUCAAUUCAGUUCUCUCCUACAUCUGAGCAUAUAUUGCUGGCCUAUGGUCGACGCCAUAGCUCACUUCUUAGGAGCAUUGUCAUUGAUGGAGAGGCAUCGAUACCUAUUUACACAAUAUUGGAGGUUUACAGAGUUUCAGAUAUGGAGCUGGUGCGGGUUCUUCCUAGUGCAGAAGAUGAGGUUAAUGUUGCAUGUUUUCAUCCCUUAGUUGGAGGAGGUCUUGUUUAUGGAACUAAGGAAGGGAAGCUUAGGAUCCUUCAACAUGAUGGUUCACAUGGCACAAAUUGUACAGGACCAAAUUACUUUCUUGAUGAAAAUAUGCUUGAGGUCCAGACAUAUGCUUUGGAAUGUUGAAAACUAUUUAUCACCCCCUAUGGCUUCAGCAAUGCGUGUAAGACAUGAUAUAGUGAACCUUAUGCCUACUUCUGGGGAUCAAGAGUAGCUCAUGGCUGGUGGAGAUUUCCAAUUUGUAAACCCAAAACGAUUCUCAUGUUUCCUUGUCAAAAUGUAUGUAUGAUGCACCAAUAUUAAUUUCUGUAUCAGUUCAUGUCCUACCUAUCAACUGAUGCAUCAUGCAUCCAUGUAAUUUUCAAUCAGAGUUGCAUACUUGCAUGUGUACAAUUAUCAACGAAUGUACUCAUUUUGUUUCGGUUUUGUUGAAUAUGAUGAGGGCCAACAGAAUCACUAGUUUGUUUCUUGUUUCUUCUUUUUGGGUAAAGAAAUCAGUCUCACUUGCCUGUAUGGGAUUGUUGGUCUUCGCUACAGUUAUAUUCAUCUUUAUUCACUAUCAAUUUCAAUGGGCUGCGCUGGAUCUAUGCUGCACCCAUUGUUUCGA